UAGGGAGUUCACGUGUUUUCGGUGAAUGGAAAUGAAAAUACGAUGACUUCGUUUCGUAAUAAAAAUAUCGGGAUGUAAUGUUGUAUGUGUUGAUGUUGGAUGGUAUAUUGUAAAAGUGAAGUUCUGUGGUGUAUGAACUUUUGAACUUUGAACUUUUUCUUUGAUAGCAAUUAUAGUUAGUUGAGAUAAACAGUUGAUAACAUUUGACAUCACUAUUGUAUACCAGAUUAACGACGAAUAGAUUCCUUGCAGAUAUUCGAAUCAGGCACCAUUCAUACACCUUUAUGAUCUGCGUCAGCAUCAGACUGUGCAAGAUGAGAUAGCCAAUAACACCAAUUACUAGUUUAAGGCAAACAUAAGGCUAAGAAAUAAUAAUAGUAUAAAAAAUAAUGGCAACUGAAAAGAAAGAUGGUAAUGCACUCUUAGCAAAGAAAAAGAAAGUGAAACCACGAAAAUCAAGGGAUGCCGAUUGUUGCAGUGUCAACUUCCUCAAAUGUGUUCUACAUAUUUUUAAUGUGAUAUUUCUGUUUGCAGGUGCCGGAGUGUUCAUAGUAGGAGCUUGGACGAUCGCAACUAGACACCGAUUCGUUCCACUUCUGCCAACAUUUACUUACCCAGCCAUUUCAUACUUAUUAUGUAUUGCUGGGGCUUUGGGCUUACCCCUCUGCGGUCUCGGCUGCUGUGGACUGAAGACUGAAAACAGGACUAGCUUGUUGUGUUACACAUAUUUCCUACUCAUAACUUUCAUCCUGGAGGUGGGUGCCGGUGGUCUAGCGUAUUACUAUGAAGUAGCAAUAGAGGAGGAACUACGCAAUGAGCUCAAUUCCACAUUUAUCACAAACUAUGCGCUGGACACCGUUGUUACUGAUGCAGUUGAUACUAUGCAAGAAGAGUUCAAAUGCUGUGGAGCGGGUCGGUAUUCAGAUUGGCGUAAAAGCGCCUGGCAUGAACACGACCCCCGACUGCUGGUGCCGGACUCAUGCUGCAAGACUGUUACACCUCGAUGUGGCAUGAGAGACCAUCCCUCUAAUAUAUACUAUCAUGGUUGCGUCCACGAGUUCACAAAGCACAUCCGAGACCAUCUCGUCAUACUGGCGGCCGUGGGGGUCGGAAUGUCGGUCAUACCAAUAUUCGGUUUCUUCUUCUCAUGCGUUUUGUACGUUAAAAUAAAACAUGUGAUUGACUGACCCCGGCCUAAGGCUGCCGCCGCAAAAAAUCGCAAGGUUUUCGACAAAUCGGCGUCCGCCGGGGACCUGUCAAAACCGACCAAUCGGAGCUCGUACCGCGCGAAGUUUCAAGAAAGUUCUCGAACCAAACGAACUGUCAGACGCACGCCAUGCCCGCUACACUCAAAUUCAGAAAAAAGUAACAUACCCAUAUCGACUAUUAGCGAUAAUGUUAGUAUAUAAAAUACAAACCAAAAAACAGUUUUAUACGUUCGGUUCGCGUUUAAACUGUUAGCACAACGUUCUUUUUGUAUCUAUAUUUUUCUAUUGUAAAAAAUUUGUUACUAUACUAAACUUAGCAUGCGGUAAUCCUAUUUAAAAUUGAAUGUUUAAUGCUUGCAAAGUUAUAAUAACGUACGUGUAGAUGUUAGGAACAAUGCAAUCGAAAUCAUAAUAGAUUUAGGUGUAAGAGAUGACGGGAAUCUCAUGAAA